AAAUAGAAAUAUUUAUUUAUUCAUUCAUUCAUAUGCUAAAUGUUAUUUUCAUUACCUCUUCUGUUGAUCUUUUCUCACCCUAUAAAACCGCAAUUCCAUCAAAUUCCCAAAUUUUAGGGUUUUCAUGUCCAAUGCAAGCAAGAGCUUCAUUUAUGAAGAUUUAGCAUAAAGGCUUGAACUUGGACAUGGAUUUGGGAACUGAAUCUGUGGAAGAGAAUGAAUUGAAUCAUGAUGGGGAUGAAAACGGGACCAGGGAUGGUGAUUCUAUUGGCGAUGAGAAUUUAGGGUUGGGUUUCGAUGGGAAUUCGGGUGUCAGCACGGAUCAGAAGGAAGAGGUUGUUGAUGAGGGCAGUGGGGAUGCUUCAAGUUCCAAAGGGACACCAACGAAAGGUUUUGGGUUGAAGAAAUGGAAGAGAAUUCGGAGGGAUGUUGUUAAGGAUCCUAAUUCGAGUGCCGAAUCGGGUAAGGUGCUACUGAAGCGAGGGUUGUCUGGCUCGGGGAAUGUUAAUUUGAGUGAAAAUCAACCAUUUUCGCGUGAUGUUAAGGAAAAGAAUGAUGGAUCUUCGAAUACGUUUGGGAAUGUGGUGUUCCCGGAAGGAUUUGCGGGCCGUGGGUCUAGUUCGGAUUCUAGAUAUGCAGUUGGAUCUGGUUUUGUUGUUGGGACUGAUUCUGAGAAUAGUGAGGAUCGAAGUAGCAAGUCUUCCACGGCAGCUAGUGAGCCGAAGAUUAGGCACGAUAAAAGCCGGAGUAAGAAUACGAAUUCGAAGAACGUGGGUAACACGGCUCAACGUGUUCUGCAGCAGGGAAAGGGACGGAUUGAAAGCAGCAAAAAUCCUGGAGGUGGUGCAGGAGUCAGGAUUGAGAAGGAAAAUUCUAUUUCCAGUAUGGAAUCUGAUUCAAGAAGCUCCAACAUUAGGCAAGGUGUUUUUUCUGUUACUAGUAAUGGGAAACAUAAUGGUAGGCCAUUUAUUUAUGAUGGAGGUAACGGCAGUGAAGCUCUCAUUAAUGAACAUCUCACCGAGGGAGUUGAAGCCAGUUAUGGCAACGAAAACAUUGGUGAAGAUGAUGAUCUUCUACCUGAGAAUUCAGUAACAAAUUUGUCUUGGGGAGCUACAGAGGAAAAAAGUGUGGACAACCAGUCUUCUAACAUGGAAGAUCCAUUAAUUGAGUCCAUUAGGAGUCUUUUGGCUGUCCAGGAGGCACUUGAAGAAGAAGUCCAAAAAUUCAGGGAGACUGGGAUUGAAGUUGUCUCACCAGAUGAUGACUUGGCCAAGUGUAGCAGCGCAUCUGCUGGUACCAUCGGUGUUGAUAUCGGACUUCAUAACUCAUGCGUAUCUGCUCAUUCUGGUGCAGAAGAAAUUAAACAAACUGCUUCAAGUUCCUUGGAACUUCAGGUAUUGAACUUGACACAAAAUAUCAGUAGUUUGGAAAAUAAGUUGAAGGAAUUACAGGGUAUGGUUGCCCUGAAGGAUUCCAGGAUUGUUGAACUUGAAACAGCCUUGAGUAGUGGUAAGUCUCCUAAGGAAGAAUCUGCUAGCACCAUAGGUUUAUCAGAGGAAAUAUGUAAAGAGGUAGAGUCUGAGGUUGAGGGCCUCUUUAGGCAAAAGAUCGAAGCUGAGAUUGAAUACCUAGCCAUAUCAAAGGUGAUGCAAAACUUGAAGGCUGGGAAAGAUUUCCAACUUACCUUAUUGGAAGAACAAGAGAAACUGUCUGAAAAUCAAGAGCAGGUUGAGAUCAAGGCGUCAGCGCUGAAGAACAAAGCAGAAGAGUUGGAAAAAUAUUGUGGUGAUAGUUUAGUAGUUGAGGAGUCUUUUGUGCUGCAGAAGAGAGUAUGUAAGGUGACAUUUUAUUUUUUCUUACAGUUCAUGAUGUUAGUCUUGUUCUUUUGGCUUUUUGUGUCUCAGUUAUCGCUCAAUGCGGAUGUCGUUGUACCCACAUAAGAUAAGUCUGCAAAGUUAGAUUCUUUCUGUGCAUUCGCAUAUGUUUCUUUACUGAUCUUUGAAUGUAAAAUUUGGUUGUUACAUAAAAUUGACCCUUCUUUUUGUGGGUAGGGAGAGAGCGUGCAAUUGCCCUCCUUGUUUCAAUGUAAUAUUUCUAGAGCCAUAAGCCCAUAACUCAUUCAUUGCUA